GCUCACAGAAUCAAGAUGGCAUCCGAAACUAGUACGGGUAUUGUGUCAAAUGAACGAUGUGAUGUAAAUAACACGAUUCAGCAAGUAUUUGAACCAAUACAAACGGAAACAACUAGUUUAAAAGUGCCGAGAACAACGUGGAAUAGUGUUAUUAAAGAGACAAACGAUUUUUCGGACAAUCUCGCUUUACAUUCUACCAAGACGCCCACGAUUUUCUCUACAGCGUCAUCGUUUAACGCAAACACGGAAGAAAAGGAAUUACAAAAAAAUAUAAUUUUCAUGAGCUCCUCUGGUGAUGUGCAAGAUCAUAAUAAUUAUAAACCUACUGUCAACGCUAAAUUACAUAUAUCACCCGUGGAGGCACACAAUAUGUCCAGCCAGAAGAAUGAUCUGGAUAGUAUUGCCUGUAUUUCUGAACAGCCAGACGGGAAUCCGGAUUAUUGCAACAAUGAAUUAAGAAAAACAUUGAUAGAACCAAUUCAACAUCCUGUCCAUGUCGAUUCAAUAUGUAACAAAGAUACAACUGUAUCUAGUGGGAUGCUCGCAUUGCCAACAAAAUUAGAAGGAUGUAUAAAUUUCGAACACAGUAACACGCCUCAAUUAGGGGAAAGUCCUCAGAGUAGCGGUGAAAUGAUUAGCAGUCCAAGAAGUCCAGAUUAUCCUCCAAGAGUUUCUGAUAGUCCGAAUACUCCUAAUACAACUCUUCCCAGUAGUAUGGCGUCGCCAAUUACGAUUUCAACUAUCGUAAUGGAUACAGCAAAAUAUGACGCAGAGAAUACAAAUAAUUUAGCCGCUAAAAUGAAUAAAAAUCUGUCUUAUUCGUUUUGCGGACAAUUAGAAAAUACCGACGAACACGUUCCCGUUAAACAAAUAAAAUCAAACGAAGAAGAAAAGAUGGAUAAACAAACGGAUAUUAUUCACAGAGAAGUAAAAUCAGAGGUUGAAAUUAAAACAGAAUUGACUGAUACUCAAGAGCAAUUGAGUAUACUCAAAUCUGAAUGGGCUAGUGAUAAUAUACCUGUGACAAUAGGUGGACGUACAGAUACUGUAUUGUCCCAUGAUAAACCGAUAAACUGUGCUGGCUCUACUUCCUCGAAUUCACAUUCUAAAUCGUACUCGUCGUCACGAGAGAAACGAAGCAAGGAACACAAUGAACGACGCUAUUGUUCGCGAUGUUACAAGCGAAGUAAAAUAAAACGAGCAAGCAUUGGUGUACAAUGUAAACGAGAUCGUAGUAUCGUUUCGUUAAGUAAUAAACCAAUGUCUCAACCAUUCUCAAAAUCUACAAACGAAAAUCUCAGGUUAAAUUUACAAACGAAAAAUUAUAAAAUGCUACACAAUGCACCGGUAAAAAAUGAAUUGUUAGAAGGCCUAAAGUAUAAAAAGUACAUUCAUAUAGAAACUUAUCCUAACGGCGGUGCCACUGUUGUACAUAUGUAUCAAGAUGAAAUUGAUACAUUGUCACGUGAACAAAUAGAAGAAUUAGCUCAAGAGUAUUUCAGAGUAGUUUUUGGUGAAGACGAAAACGGUUAUGCCCAUCACGUUAUGGGAAUAGUACAUAAUUCUGCCGCAUAUCUUCCUGAUCUUUUGGAUUACAUGGCAGAUAAUUAUCCUACGUUAACCGUUAAAAACGGUGUGUUAGGAAGAAGCAGUGAUAUAGAAACUACAACAAUGAUUCAAUACAAGGAACAAGUUUGUAAAGCGUACAGUAAUGGUACUGUUAGGUACGGACCUCUCCACCAAAUAAGUCUCGUGGGUACUGUUCACGAAGAAGUUGGUGGAUAUUUUCCGGAUCUUCUGCAGAAGUUAGAAGAAAAUCCAUUUUUAAAACUGACCAUGCCUUGGGGACCACUGUCUGUUGUAAAAAUGGAUACUCCUCAAGAAUCAAAUGACGGUCCAAUUCUAUGGAUUAGACCGGGUGAACAAUUAGUCCCAACAGCGGAUAUCAACAAAAGUCCAUGCAAGAGACGUAGAACAGGCAUUAACGAAUUACGAAAUCUACAAUAUUUACCACGUCUUAGCGAAGCACGUGAAUACAUGUUCGAGGAUCGUACAAAGGCUCACGCUGAUCAUGUAGGCCAUGGAUUGGAUAGAAUGACGACAGCUGCGGUUGGCAUACUCAAGGCCGUUCAUGGUGGGCAACCAUCAGAGUAUAACAGAAUUACAAAAGACGUUGUGGCUUUCUAUGCUGCUGAUUUUCCUGAGCUAGUUGAGAAAUUGCAGCUAGACCUUCACGAACCGCCAAUAUCACAAUGUGUACAAUGGGUCGAGGAUGCUAAGUUGAAUCAAUUGCGUAGACAGGGUAUUCGCUAUGCUAGAAUAAAUUUAUACGACAAUGACAUUUACUUUUUACCACGUAACAUAAUUCAUCAGUUUAGAACAGUUUCUGCAGUCUCGAGCAUAGCCUGGCAUGUCAGAUUAAAACAGUAUUACCCAGACUCGCAGCAUAAUUCAAGCGUUAGACAUGGACGUGUCGGGAACGAAUCGUCUCAUCGUAUAAAGGAUAAGAAACUUUUAGAGACUGCUAAUAUAGGGGACGAACAGAAGGAAAAUACAAAUCGUCAACGCGUGGAUUCGCUCGAAGAGAAGAAAGCGAAAGAAAGAGCUGCUGAGUAUCAAGGAAAUUUGAAGAAAUCAGAUCAUCACGGAAAACGUAAGGAGGAACGUAAAAGUAGAGAUCACUCGAGGCAUUCUUCGAUUUCGAGCAAGAGAAAGAAUUCGAGAGGGGGUAAUGAUAAUUGUUCGAGUAUUUUUAAUAAUAAAUGUACUAAGAAUAAUACAGCAGAACAAAAAAGUAACGAGAAACGGAAUGACAAGAGAUCUGAUAGAAAACACGAAGAUCGUCGACGGUCCAAUGAAAAAUCCAGUCAUCAUUCUCACAGCAGUAGUAAUAGUAGUCAUUCCGGAGAGAAAAAGAAAUAUGAUUGUAAUAAUCAUCAUCGUAGUCAUCACGGUCGAUCUAGCAGUAAUAGCGCAUCGGUGAAAGAAAGCAUUUCAAAUGUUCUCGAAUCUAAGUCAAUAAAUAAAUAUGACAUCUCGGGAUGUUCUUCGAAGGAUAGUAAAAAAUUGACUUCCUCGGAGCUUUGUUCAACGGAGCAUAAUAUUACCGACUGUGGCAGCACCGUUAUCCUUGAGCAGGACGUAUUAGCUCAACGGCAAAUGAUCGCAAAAACGUAUGCAACAGAAGUUGUCGACAAGGCUUUAGAGAUUGCGAUAUAUAAGUCAAAAACUGACGUUGAAGAAGUCUGUCAGUCACUACGGAUUGGCGUCGCGGAGGCUUCGAAAGAGGUGCUAGAAAAAAUUCAUAAAGAAAGUUUUGAAAUUGCCGAACAAAAGUACAAAGAGGAUACGACAAAAGUAGAACGAUAUUGUCAAUUACUGGAGAUGGAAACCACGAUGGCUUUCACGUCAAAAAUGGAAUGCGCUACCGAAAAUGCGGUGAAAGCGCUUAUUGAAAUGGCUGAGGACGAAGCCAAGGAAAGAGCAAAAAAUGAAAAGGUUUGUACAUCGACUACUGAUAAUUCCUGCGAGGAAGGUUCGAUACCGGUAACAAAAAUUGCUAGUUCUUCUUCUUGUUCUUCGAUCAUAUCUACAUCGGCGUCAACAGAAACUGAAAGACACAGUAGUAGUAACGGAAGAAAUGGUAGUAGCGAUGAGAAUUCGUCGAAAUUUUCAUCGGAUGUACAUACGAUACAUUCAGAAUCUAAAAGAAAGCACAGAAACGAUAAGAGUUCUCGAAAUCAACGGCAUAAAGACAAAAGGGAUCGAGAUAGACGCGAUAAAGAUCACAAAAGGCAUCAUUAUCGUAGCCCUCAGUCUAAUAAAUCCGAGAAUAAAACAGGAGAAAGUAGUAGUAGUAAUAGUAGUAGUAAAGGGAAUACUUUAAAAAUGAUUUCGUUACCGAGAGAUUAUAAUGUUUCUAAUAAAAGUGAUCGUGCAGAUAAUAAAGACAGUGAAAGGAAAUCUGAGAAAAGAAGAGACGGACAUCAUAGCCACGGUAGUAGGGAUCGACAGAAGAAGUCGUCCGGUAAUCGGUCGGCUGAUUCGGCAUUGAGUCGUUCUCAUUCGUCGAGUUCGAAUCACAAAAGGAAGUCAAGUUCUUCUGACGAACGGAAAGAAUCGAAAAAAGUGUGUGUUGAAAAGGAUAUUGUUCCAGGAACUUCAGAGCAAAAUGCUCUUGGUACUACGUUAACUUUAAUGACAAUGGCAACGGUGGCUCAAUCGACGACGACGACGACGACUACGACUACAAGUACUGUCGUGUCAACGUGAAAAGAUGAACAUUAUUUUAAGCUGUAGUACAAUCUACUUGUUAGAUUAGACGUGGAAAGUCUGCACAGUUGAGCUUACAUGCUGACGGUCUCGAAUGUAUGGAUUCAAACUAAUGUGAGUAUAGUAAAUUUACAUUCGAAUUUACAGAAAUAUGAGACGCGUAUCAAUUAAGGAUGUGCGGCCCGACUAGUCGGGUCGGUUCGGAAAACAUCGGGCGGCCUCGGUCGGGCGUCCGAUACAUGCGUGCGGUCGGGUAGCUCGACUAUUUCGGGUUCGGUCGGGUACAGUCGGGCAGAUUCGGACGAACUCCCAAAUGAUCUUAUUUCAAAAUUCCAUAUAAAACAGAUUUUGCACAUACUUAUUGCAAGUAUUAACAAGUACACGAAAGUUGGAUCGCGGGCCGUGGCCCGCGGGAGCUCGUCCGGUUCAGCCCGACUGUACCCGACCGAACCCGAAAUAGUCGGGCUACCCGACUGCACACAUGUAUCGUACGCCCGAUCCUUUCCGAGCCCGUCCGAGUCCGUAAUAUCGGAUACCCGCACAUCCCUAGUAUCAAUACAUUAAAUUAUAAAAAAGAAUACAAUGUGUCAGACAUUACCAGAAUAGAACUAAUUGUCGUGUUUUAUCCAAAGACCAGUUAGAAUUGUUAGUAAUUGACAAAAUUUGCUAUCGUUUUCAUGCAAUUGUACACGUAAUUAGUCUUAACAAGAAAAUUUAAACUACGAAGUUAGUAUUUAUCGUCUAAAAGCACUUUCUAAUAUUGAAUCGCAAAGAUUAUUUUGCUAUAAAAGAAAAUGAAACCCAGGGCGUCUCAUGUAUUGCUAAGAAUGAAAAAAGAUGAAUAAAUAUUUAUAGAAUAGGUGACCAAUAUGAUAUGUACAAACAAAAUUUGUACAAAUUUGUGAUCAGAAAUUAAACGGAUCAGCGUAUUAUUGCUGUGCAUUGUAUAUAAAUGAAUACGUUAAUCUAUUCAAAGAAUCGUACGAAUCUUGUUUAAAUUAUAUACAUAUGUACAUAUAUAAGUGUGCCUGAGUAUUUCUCUAAUGUGUAUGUUUGCGCGUGUAUGAACGUGUGUAUGCAGACAUAUAAGCAUUUGUGUAUGAACGAUUGUAUGCGUGUAUAUGUAUAUACUUAUGUGUAUACGCGCUAUACACACAGGUAUAUGAAUGUUUGAAAGAACAAAGCGAAAGUGUAAAUAUAAAUUAUUUAUAACUUGACACUCUGCGCGAAUUAAAAGUUUUACUUUGCAAUCAUUUUUCUAAUUAUAUUAGAAGAGAAAGAAGAUUAUCAAUACUGAAGGAAAAAGACUUUCUGUACAUGUAAAUUAAGCUAUUUAACAAUUAUUUCAACGGUGAAAAAGAAGGACGAUAAUCUUCUAUUAUAUAUGUAUUGUAGAGCGAAAGAAAAAAAGCAUUGUAUUGUUAUUUCAAAAAAAAAAAGAAAAAAAGUGUGCAGUACCAUAAUGGUAUGCGCAUUUUUUUUUUCAUGUGUACCAUAAAAGAAGUCUAAUCAUAGUAAUAUAUUGCUAGCAAAAUUAAUAUGUAAUAGCACUUUCUGUAUCUCGAUGAAUUUUAUUUAUACGACAAAAUCGAUGAAGGAUAAAAGCCGACAAGAAGCUCGGUGUACAUGUAUUAUGUCCUUGUUAUGACGUGAAUCUUUGAUUUAGUUUGAUUAGUAAUUAACAGUUAACAAUACAGGUUAGCGACAAACGAAACGCAAUGAACUUUUUUCGCUCGGUUUAAAAUAAACGAUAACAGAUCACUUAAUAAUGAAAUAUCUGCCAGUGCAGUUAAUAAUGGCCAAUCAAAAUGGCAUCGUGUAGAUUUGUGCAUAUGAAACAUUAUUUAAUAGCGAGAAAUAUUGUAAGAAAGGAAUAUUCGCAUGAGAAAAAUAUAUUCUGUUCUAUGAAAUAUAACAUUAAGCUUAUUUAAACAUUAUUUUUAUUCAGAAUUACAAAUUGUAUUAUGUACUAAAUGCUGAAGAAAAAAAAAGUAUUUGUAUCAUCUGAACAGUUCCAAACCUAGCUGAAAUUUGUUAGAUUAAAAUAGUAUACUACAUGAAAUAAAAAAUUUUAUAAUAAUAAUAAUUUUACCAAAA